UUGUCCUUUCCCACUAACUUCUACUCUUAAUCAAGUUACCCACCAGCCCUCGCAGUUCUAUUUAUACACAAAGGAAGAAACAAGAAGCAAAAAUGGCCAAUUCUUCCAUCCUUCUCUUGACCUUCUACUUAUUCCUCUCAGCUCUGAUCAUCUCCUCACCCACCAUUGAUGCAAGCGGAGAUCACAAACUGAGCUGGAUCCCGACAAAAGCCCGAUGUCAAGGCUCUGUAGCAGAGUGCAUGGGAGAAGAUGAAUUCCACAUGGUCUCUGAGAUUAGCAGGAGGUUACUUCAGACGGCCACCACACAGUACAUAAGCUAUGGAGCGCUGCAGAGGAACACCGUGCCAUGCUCCCAGAGAGGUGCAUCCUACUAUAACUGCCAGCCAGGUGCGGAGGCCAACCCCUAUUCCCGCGGUUGCAGUGCUAUUACUCGCUGCCGUAGUUAAGGUUAUUAAAACCUGCUGUUUCUAUGGUCUUAUUAAUUUGUAUUGGAUUUCUUCCGUAGUUAAGGUCAUUAAAACCUGCUGUUUCUAUGUUCUUAUUAAUUUGUAUUGGAUUUGUUUUGUAAGAUACAUAUAACAUUGCAACAAACAGAUGUUACAUGUCUUAAUAACUACUUUAUUAUGACCAUGUUAAGGAACUUAUGGUGGAGGUCGCCAGAUGGCUGAUGCCAUAGAAUGGCUUGUUUCAUGUUUUUGUAGUAGAGCCUGUGAUUUCUAAUAAACGAGAGGGAAAACUUUCACUAGGAA